AUGUCCGAGCAACGUGUAUUUACCCUUGAGGAAGUUCAGAAACAUAAGUCAGAAGAUGAUUGUUGGAUAAUCAUUCACAAUAAAGUAUAUAAUGUGUCUGAAUUUUUGAACGAGCAUCCAGGUGGUGACUUUGUUAUUCUUGAAAACGGCGGUGGUUAUGCCACGGAGCCAUUUGAGGAUGUUUGCCAUUCGGAAGCUGCCCGAAAGCAAAUGGAGAAGUACUGCAUUGGUGUAAUUGCUGAAGCAGACAAGGAGCAAACACUUAAAUUUUCCUCAAAUUACUCUCGGGAAAGGACAGCCAAUUUUUCUGGAUGGACUGGAGCCAUUCUACCUGCUGUCAUAGGAAUUGCGGCAGUGCUUUUGUGUGUAGUGGGUUACGAAAUAUGCUGUAUUUUAGAAAUGCGACUGUCAGCAUUACGUAGUCGUCGAAUUCGGCACAAUUUUCUUCCAGUUUAUAUCAAGAAACAGUGGAAAGAACAAGGGUCUGUAAUGAUUGCUCAACGUCUUAGAGUACCAAAGCAGGCUCUUGUUGAUCCAACACUUUCAGAGAUUGCAUCUCAGGCUGAGGAUACAUUUGGAAAUUCCGCUUUUCGCUACAAGGAGGCUCUAGCACGUGAAAUUGAAAUUGGUGCAACUGCUGAGGAACGCGCAGAGUGGAAUCACAAACGUACUCAUCGUUUUGCUCAAUACAUCGGAAAUACUCAAGCCAGUGCUGUUGAUAAACCUGCCAGUCUGCUUUUUGACCCGUCACGUCUAUUUUGCAGGGACAUUGCACAAGCAGCUAUGCUAACUAAUACUAUUGUGCGUCAAGGCCCGCCUCCGAAUACGCAGAUUUUGUAUGACCAAGUUGAAGCCGCUUUGUCAAAGAGAGAUUCGAUGUUGUCACUUGUUCCCGAGGUAGAGCGAAGUAUUCUUCAUGCGCACACAUGGCACACAGAUGAAGACAAGUUACCAAAGCGCUACAACCCAGAUUUGCUUAUUUGGAAAUUUAAGACUGAAUUCGGUAUACAUCCAUUUAAUGUUGCCCGCUAUCUUCUGCACAAUCUCAUUCGAAUUUGUCACAAUCAAGCCGUAAAAAUGGAUUUAAUUGGACCAUGUGAUCCUGAUACUGGUCUUCCGGAGAGAUGGUUGCUACGCGACCGUCGAGUGGAUACGUCAUUUAACUGGGGAGACAAAGACGCGGGUCGUAGAGUUCAGCUGAGUCUGAAAAAUGACUUUGCUCUUUUGUCCAAAGAUCCUCUGCCUUUGUUUGAGACUGGUGGAUCGACUGCUAUUCCGGAUGAUGCCGUCAAGUUAUUUGGGGAAUUUAAGGAUAAAAUGAAUCUCAUUUCACCGCUUAUUGAUCUAACUUCUACCAAAAUGUAUCCUGAAGAGAGCUCAGAUGGCAUUCAGACCACGACAUAUCCCUAUCCCCAUCUAAUUUCCGUAAAUGUCGCCUUGCCCAACACCUGGUCAGAUUUCACAGCCCCCGAAAGAGAGCGUAUAACCGUGGCCCAACGUCAGACCAUCGGUAUAAUGAACUGCUAUGCGUCGUGCGUAUCCACCGCUAAGCGUAUUUAUGGCAACACCACGAGCAACAACGGCCCUCUGCCCGAACCCAUAGCUGUUGAAGCAGUAUGUACUGACGGGGUUUUCUUCGAUUUUAUUGCAUUUCAGUUGAACACAUUGGAGGUUCCAAAUUGGAGUCAAAAUGACGGAAAAAAGCCUCCAGGAAUAAUGAAUGUUGCCUGGGUGGAUGGCAACCACGAAUUGGUACAAAAGCGCUACCCCAAACGUAGCAUGCUGCGAAAUACCAAAUACGCUAACCUCGAUAUGAGGGUAUUUUAUCGGUUAUUUACGCGAUAUCUCUAUGGGGGGCGUGUCGGCAGAUUGUCAGACGAUACUGAAACUAUUAGUAGGAGUGUAUUGUAA